UAUCAAUCUAGCUGAGGCGCUAUUUCUGAUCAUGAAGUUUGCAAUCCUAAGCAUCCAAAAAACGCCACAUAUUUGGAGGAAGAAUGAUUGAGCUAGGCCUCAACCGCAUAUCUCGCCUCCUCCAGCAGACCCCUCUGUCAUGGCAUGCCGUCCACGUUGCUGGAACGAACGGUAAAGGCUCCAUCAGCUCCUACCUGUCCCACCUGCUUUCCGCUGGUGGUGUUCGCUGCGGUCGCUUUACAUCCCCUCAUUUGAUCGACCGGUGGGAUUGCAUCACGAUCAACGAGAGUGCGGUGCAAGAGUCUCUUUUCCGGCAGGUAGAAGAAAAAGUCAAGUCGAGGGACAAGAAACUGGGCAUUGGGGCCACGGAAUUUGAACUGCUGACGGCUACGGCAUUUGAAAUCUUCAAUCAGGAACGGGUUGAAGUUGGCGUGGUCGAAGUCGGAGUUGGAGGUCGCCUGGAUGCUACAAAUAUCUUGAACAAUGUUCUUGUCUCGGUUAUUGCGAAGAUAGGGAUCGACCAUCAGUCUCUAUUGGGGGACUCGAUUCAGAGUAUCACUCGCGAGAAAGCUGGCAUUCUGAAGCAUGGGGUCCUCUGUGUUGUCGACGGCACAAACUCACCGGAGGUCAUCCAAACCCUGCAGUCCCGCAUAGAAGACCUCGGACUGGAUGCUGUUUUCGUUUCUCCUGAUGUGACUGUCAGAAAACAUCCGCCCCUUUCAGACAUUUUCCAGAAGCUGGACCUUGAACCCCACCAAAAAACGAAUAUGUGCUGCGCAGUCACCGCUUUUCAGUUUGCGCUAUCCAAGCUGCAUCCAGAGAUCAAACUUGACACUCUGAUACCGCGUCUCCGUGAUGUGAAAUGGCCGGGUCGCUUACAGACCGUGUCCCUCAGGCCUUUAACCUCCCGCGAAGAGCCUAUUUUACUCGACGGUGCGCACAACGCGCAGUCCGCUGAAGUGCUCGGGAGAUAUGUCGACCGGAAACUCCGUCCGUCUCGAAGCCGUGUUACCUGGGUUGUUGCAGCAUCUCAUGGCAAGAAUGUGACGGAAGUGUUCCACUCGAUUAUCAAGCCUGGUGAUAAUGUUGCGACGACUUCUUUUGGUCCUGUAGAUGGGAUGCCCUGGGUCAAAGCGACAGACCCUGCUGAAUUGGUCUCAUGCGUCAAAUCUAUUCCGGGAAUCGGAGAAGUGAGGGAUUUCGAAGCGGAUAUCGUUGGUGCGGUCAAUUGGGCCUGUGGAAUGGCCAACGGGGGCCCAUUGGUAGUCGCGGGCAGUCUUUACCUUGUAUCAGAUCUCCUGCGUAUCCUCCGCGAUGUGCAAAGGGGGCAUGCAUUACAGCCGUAGAUUCUCUAGACCAAUUGGAUUACCCUUGGUCUAUGUUGUGGAAAAUGAGUGGAGUAGUAAUGAAUAAAUAUAUAUGCAAAGAAAAAA